AUGUCCAAGCGAUCGUUUACUCCAUCAAAGCUCCCCGUUACGAUUUUAACGGGUUUUCUUGGCAGUGGCAAGACAACACUAUUAAACCACUUGCUUACGGAGAAUCACGGCAAAAAGUUUGCCAUCAUUGAAAACGAGUUUGGUGAAGUAGGCGUCGAUGACCAGCUCAUUCGUCAAACUACCGGUCCAAAUGACCUGACCGGAGGUGAUUCCAGGAGUCGCAAAUUCAACAUGGGCGAGGAGGUGCUGACAAUGAGCAACGGCUGCAUCUGCUGCUCCGUGCGCGGCGACCUCGUUCGGUUAAUCGCUCAGAUCAUCAAACGCAACGGGGACCACAAACAGCUAGACGGGAUCAUCAUCGAGACCACUGGCAUGGCCGACCCUGGUCCUGUAGUGCAGACCUUCUUUGCCGAGCCUUUGGUAGCGGCAACGUGCGAGCUCGACGGCAUCAUCACCGUUAUCGAUGCGAAGCACAUUUUGCAGCAUCUUCGCCCAGGCGCCGGCGUGGAGCAUGAGUGCCAGGAGCAAAUCACUUUUGCCGACCGCGUCCUUCUCAACAAGACGGAUCUUGUCAGCAAGACCGAGCUCAUGAAUAUUCGAUCUCAAAUUCGCGGCAUCAACAGCGCAGUGUCGAUCACUGAAUGCCAGCACUGUCGAGUGAACCCAGCGUUACUGCUCAAUGUUCAUACUUUCAGCUUGGACUCCAUCCUAAAGAGGCAGCCCGACUUCCUUAAGAGUAAGCAAGAUAGCAAUUCUCAUCGGCCCGCAGAUAAGAAGGAUGAUGACCCCCAUGAUCACGAGCACGACCAUGAUCACACGCAUGAAGGUGAGGAGCAGCACAAUGGGCGUCGACACAACCAUUCGUUAGUGUCGUCCGUGGGUCUUACCCUACAAGAACCAAUUCUAGUGGCACUGCUAGAAGAGUGGAUCGACGAUCUUUUAGAGACGGAAGGAGAUAAUUUAUUGCGCUUCAAGGGCGUUGUAAAUGUCGCUGGCAUAGACCAGAAGUACGUUUUUCAAGGCGUGCAUACGCUAUUCAACGGCCGAUUCGCUGACAAUUGGGCCCCAGGCGAGACGCGUGAGACACGAUUUGUUUUCAUCGGCAAAAACCUCGACCGCUCGGCGCUCACGGAAGGAUUUCUGGCUUGUCGAGCAACAAAAGACCUCCGCUUUCGAGUAGGGGACAGGGUCGUGACUAACACUGGCGAUCAAGGCUUCCAGGCUGGCACAGUUGUGCAGCUUUGGGACCAAGGCAACCCUUACGCUAUCCAGCUCGACAACGGUCGCAAGGUGUGGGCUCCUGUGGACGAACUUGAGCUCGUCCAAGCUUUAGAGAUAAAGCAGGAAGGGGAAACUAGGCAGCAGCCUCCUACGAUUCACAUAUUGGCAUAA